AUGGACGAUAUUACUAUGGAUGACCUGCCCAUUGAGGAUGAGGAGCUAGAUGAGUUUAACGAUGUUGAGGAUGCGCCCAUUCUGCCCCCUGGAGAAGAUGGGGCUGCUGUGAAAGAGAAAGUUAUUGAUGACGGGCGCGGGAAGCUGUUUGAGAUUCCAGAGUUCACGAGGAAAGAUAAAACGCUGCAAGAGAUAUUGGAUAUGAUGGAGGACAAUCCGCCUAUCAUACCAGAUGCAGUGAUAGACUACUACCUGCGGAAAAACGGGUUUGAUUCCAUGGACGUGAAGAUCAAGAGAUUACUGGCACUAGCUACGCAGAAGUUUGUCAGCGAUAUCGCCAACGACGCAUAUGAAUAUUCAAGGAUAAGGUCCACGAUUGCAGUUAACAAUGCAAACAAUGGGCAAGCGAGAGCUCGUCAACUAAUGUUGGGGCAGCAACAACCCGGGCAGCAGCAGAUAACGCAGCAGCAGCAGCAGCAAAACGAAAAGGUGACAGCCAGUAAAGUAGUCCUCACAGUUAACGAUCUGAGCAGCGCCGUAGAGGAAUAUGGGUUGAACAUAGGAAGGCCUGAUUUCUACCGCUAA